AUGAGGCGCGCGCAAGGCGUGGUUUGGAAAGUGAGGUUCCCUUUUUCAUCGUGGACAAUCCAUGGGAUGAAUAGCUGGUCUCCAAGUUCUGAACUCACCGAUUCCGGAGAUUCCGAGUUCGGAGCGAAGGUUCGUCGUAAUUUGGAUUCCGGUUUGAGAUUGGGUUUGGGCAGGGCAAAUUUGAUGUUAAAUUCUGUGGUGGUAGAUGAAGAAGAGCUUGUAAUGAGGGUGCGGAGGUGGCGAAAAGAUGGAACUAAAACGCGACACGGGAAGACGGCAAGAAGGGCAUUGGGAGGACGGAGGCUGGAAGGCAACACCAUAACAUAG